UUGUCAAUCGGUAAGUCACUUUUCAUUUCUUUCAGUUCUUUUCCCCAAUUUACAAGGGGGUUACAAUCAUGAUUCCUUCUGCAAAGAAGCAAUUCAAACCCAGGUUAACUGAGAUCAGCCAUAAAAAAGAUGCUGCUACCAAAGAAGUUGAAAAAUUGCAGACUACUGUUUCGGCCUCCUGGGCCUUAUCUGCUUAGCGAAGUUCUCGGAGGAUGCACCUCUAAAGCUUCACAAAUGGGUUAAGCUUCCAUAUUUAAGAGGAAAACUUGAAAAGUAACCAGCUGUGAAAACAAGUUUGUGAAAUGGGUCUGCUAUGACUACGAAGUUCAUUAUUUCCACUUUUAAAAAAAAAGUUAGCCAACUUUUGCGUGUGGAGAAAUAUGAUAACAGAUCAUAAAAACGCUAUACAGGAGACAUGUCGCCUAAGGUAUUGUUUCGUGGAAUACAGAACAAAGUAAUAAACGAUAAGUUUUCUUUUAUUUUUAAAAAUCAAUCACUUACGUUUACCAAAUAUGUAGGUGUAAAGGAAAACAGGACCGCCACAGCUACCGAGUCGCCACCAACCCGACCAGUUGAACAAGGCGGCAAUGAUCGGAAAUGGGCUUUGAUUGGUGUAUUCUGCGGUUUAGUGGUCGUCAUCGUGAUAAUUGUUGGAAUUGCAUAUUGGAGAAGUAAAAAGUCCCACGAAAAAUCGCCACAGGAUACCUUCUCUCAAGUAGGCGUAGUCAUGAAAAGUCACCAUUUGCAGUCAAACGUGGAACAUGAAAAUGGCUUGGAGAACGAAAGUUAGUUGGUGGCACUUAGCCUAUUACCUUCUGAAGUCUGUUUAGUUUAAUUAUCUAGGGAAGUACUGUAAACUGAGAAGUAGUCUUUUCUUAGAAUCGUUUUGACCAGGAGCCCAUUACCCGGAGCUUCCAUCUUCCACACUGACCCUCUGAGUCAACCCUGUCCCGUAUUUUUAUAUUUU